CCGUAGGGCGGAAGUGCGCUUGUUUACCUCUACUUCGUACCCACACUCGUCUGCUAGUCAUCAGACACCAUGAAGCCGUCUCUGCGCCCCGGGUUCCCGCUGCUGCUCGGCCUCCUGUGCGCCGCUGCCUCCGCGUCCUGCUCGCGGUUCCACAUACCGCCCCACGACCAGGUGGCCCGCGUCGCUCGCUAUGUCGUCCACCAGUGCGACUGGGCCUCCAUGGCCACCAUCUCCACCCACCAGCCGGUGGCGGGGCAACCGUUCUCCAACGCCUUCUCGAUCAGCGAUGGCCCGGAGCAGUCCAGCUCCGGGGUCCCCUACCUGUACCUGACCCGCAUGGAGAUCUCCGUGCAGGACCUGCAGGUGAACCCUGCAGCGUCUUUGUCCAUGUCUCUAGCUCAGACUGAUUACUGCAGAAAGCAGCAGUUUGACCCUCAGAGUCCUCUGUGUGCACACGUCAUCCUGUCUGGAACUGUCAUUGAUGUGAAUGGGACGGAGGAGGCAGCUUUUGCUAAGAAAGCGCUGUUCAAUCGACACCCAGAGAUGAUCGACUGGCCUUCAGACCACAACUGGUUCUUUGCAAAGUUCAACAUCACACAGGUUUGGGUGUUGGAUUAUUUUGGCGGUGUGAAGACAGUCACUCCAGAGGAAUACUUCCAGGCCUCACCUCACAGGAAGCAUCAUUGACAGAAAGCUGCAGGUUUUCUAUAACAUGAGAAUUUAAACCAUUUUUCAUAUGUCAUUUGAGCAGGCUAAUUAAACUACUAGCUACUGAUCAAUGAAAGGACAAACUUCUCAGUGUGGAAACACGUCAGUGAUGAUGUCACCCAGCUCUGUUUCAUCUGCUUUCUACCAGUUGCUCUCUCUUUCCAGCAGAUGAGAAACUAACAGACUCCUCUGGAAUCUAUGAGACAACAUUGUUGUUUGUGUGUGUGUGUGUGUGUGUGUGUGUGUGUGUGUGUGUGUGUGUGUGUGUGUGUGUGUGUGUGUGUGUGUGUGUGUGUGUGUGUGUGUGUGUGUGUGUGUGUGUGUGUGUGUGUGUGUGUGUGUGCAGCAGAUCAGUGGAGCACAAGCAGGUGACUGAACACUUGAGUUCGGAGAUGUGCUUGAGGUUGUCAGUUUGAAUCCCACAUCUUGCAUUUUAAAGCCAAGCAUUAUUUUACAUAGUUGCAGAGUUGCAGUGUUUUUCUUUUUAAUUUUGUGAGCUGUAUAAACUUGAAUGUUUGCUUUAUUUUUUAAUUGGAAGCUUUGUGCUGUAUUUAUCAGGAUUGUUUGUCUGUAACACUUAUUCCAAUAUUUGUUUCAUAUUUUGUGAUUUGACAAAUUAGUUUGAGUUUAACUCCACCUUAGGGUAAGUGUGUGUGUGUGUGUGUGUGUGUGUGUGUGUGUGUGUGUGUGUGUGUGUGUGUGUGUGUGUGUGCGUGCGUGCGUGCGUGCGUGUGUGUGCGUGUGCGUGUGCGUGUGUGUGAAAAACUGUAAUGUCAGAGACCUGCCUCUAUGGGGAGCCACUGAGCUAAUAAUGAAUUCCAAGCAGGUAAACAAUCAUCUACACAUAUUCUACAUUUUUGUAUUUACUGCAGAGGAAUAGGAAUAUUUUAUAAAUAUAAUUAUAUUUUAUAUACCCGUGAAAAAUACACAAACUCACAUGGGUUUGUUUCCUGGCUCUCUGUGAUAUUAGUCACUGAUCUAAAGGUUAAUUUAAACAUUUCUUUGAAAAAUAGAGCCUCUUGAAGUGAAAAAGCAACAGGAAACAUUCAUGCUCUAAUCCACUUUAUAACUUUAGCAGAACCAAAGUGAAUUAUGGUGAAGGCAUUGUCUGAGCAUUGUCAGUAGAAUGAUAAUAAAGCGGUGUGCUUUUAAAAACAAUAAAACUUUAAAAAGCU